GCUGCUAGACAGCACUUGAUCGCAUUUGUAGUGUAGGCGUCGUCAGGGGAGCUGCAGAAAAAAGAAAAUGCUGCCGGGCUGAACACUCACUCUCUGGCCUCGCGGACUGCUUUCCUCGAUGGCUAAAACGGUUUCCCGAAGCGAAGUGAAUCCGAACUACGAAGAGAAUUUAUGCGGCUAUUAAACCUGUCCGUUUUGGAAUGACACACUGUUAUUCGUUAAAGAUUAAAAUGGAAAUCAACCGAAAACAACUUCUAUCAAAGCGAUGUCAUUUUACCUUGGGGCUGAUGUGUUUGUUUGUUUUGUCUGCUGAAGCUUAUGAAUGUCCAGAUUCUUGUAUAUUUGGUAACAGAACCGUGAUCUGUGUGGGCGCGGAACAGAUCAAACUACCUCUCGACCUGCCGAGAAGGACCCAAACCUUAACUUUGAACGGAAAAAAUAUCACCGUUUUAACCGAGAGAGCGUUUUCAGCCAACGGGACAGAUAUGGAGUUGCUCGCGCUGUCACUGGAAGACAACAACAUAGAGGAGAUCAAAAGUUGUGCGUUUUGUGGACUCCCCCGACUUCUUUCCUUAGAAUUGAGUUACAACCGUUUAAUGGUUGUGACUCCUGAUGCUUUUUGUGGAUUGGGACAGCUGCGUAAUCUUUACCUCAGUAACACCCUAAUGGUUUCGGGCGCGCGCCAAUUACCAAGCGCGCUCUCCACGGACAGUUUGUGUAAUCUUCAGACACUGGACCUGUCUGGAAACCGUUUGAAAGCAAUUCCUCUUUCUGGGUUUGGUAACCUCAAUUUAACCACAUUAAUACUGACAAAUAAUUCCAUCGCCACCUUGGAUAAACAUGAUUUACAAAAAUUUAAUGAAUUCAAGGAAAUAAGUGUUAACUUAUCACAGAACCCGUUCGAGUGCAAAUGUGACAAACUGAAGGAGUUUUAUGAUUGGCUUAAGAAUAGCCGCCAAUGCGUAGACUUGGAAACUCUGAAAUGUGCGCAACCCGAAGAGAAGAAGGAUAUACCUCUGGUGAACGUAUGCAAACCCCAAGACUUGGGUUCUUAUGUGCUUCUCGGCAUUGUGCUAGCCCUCAUCGGAGUUGUGUUCCUCAUGGUGUUGUACUUGAACAGGCGAGGCAUUAAGAGGUGGCUAAAUAACAUCAGAGAGGCCUGCCGGGAUCAAAUGGAGGUGUAUCAUUACAGAUAUGAACAGGACUCCGAUCCGAGACUAGCAAACGUUGCCGUUUAAGCGGAACCUCGUGACACCAUUUCCUUGAACUCUUUGCUGAGACGCUAUGGCAAUGAAACUGGAGUUUUGUGGCUUUUUGUCUGU